UCGAUUCCUCCUUGGGUCCACAUCAACGAGAACGAUGAAAAGGCGCCGUUCAUACAGCCUGCGCCGGUAGUGCCAAACACUCGUCACUACAAACCUCCACCUACAAAGUACUCGCCCGGGCGCAAGUUGGACAGCUAUCGCGAUGCCGAGCCGCCGCUCCUAUCCAUGCCUAUCGAUGUGCACCAGACACGAUGGAUACCCUUCAUGCAGUCUGGGCCGAAUCCGCGCGAGGCGCGCAAUCAAGGCGUGAUCAUGAGUCGGGAGUGGAUGGAAGAGAACGUGCCCAUCGUCAAACGCGAGUGGGAAGAGGAAGAUGAUCUGGACCCGAUGGGCUCGAACAGAUUGAAAGGGUUCAAAGGCAUCAUGUAUCGAGGUCAGUGGAUCAUCAGUCCAGAACGACAACAGAAGAGCGUGGAAGCAUUCUGGAGAUUGUUGCUCAAGAACGCUUUUGUCCCGUUGGUCAUCCGUUUGACUGUUCUAGCGUUUUGCUGUGCUGCGCUUGGUCUCGGUUCGACGAUCUUUCAAUCGGUCCAGCGUGUCAACAAAGAUAACGACCCUUUCAAUCAAUGCGCGCCGCGGGCUUCUACGUACAUGGCAAUCAUUGUCAGUACUGUCGCUAUCCCCUACAUAUCUUACAUUACCUGGGAUGAGUACACAAGUAAACCACUUGGACUCCGAUCCGUCGCCGCAAAGACAUUGCUUCUCCUUUGUGAUCUUUACUUCAUCGUCUUCUCGGCAUCAAAUCUCUCACUAGCUUUGUCGGCCUUGCUUGACGACAGCUGGGCCUGUUACGAUACCGGCAGUCAAGUCAUUGGCGGCGUCGCCCUCGAGAUACCGAAGACUUGUCCCAACAAUGAAGGAAUCUGCUAUAAGCAGAAAGCUCUUUCUGGGGUACUUGUCAUUUCGCUGGUCGCGUGGUUGCUAUGCUUCAGUAUAAGCGUUCUCCGA